AUGGAUCCUCACUUUGUUUUCCCGCUUCCAUUCAUGUUCCUAAUUACUCUUUCACUUUUAAUGGCUCCCCAUGCCAAUGCUGAAAGCUCUACAUACAUAGUUCACAUGGACAAGUCCCUCAUGCCUCAAGUUUUUGCAAGCCAUCAUGAUUGGUACGAGUCCACAAUCCAAUCCUUAAACUUGGCAACAGUUGAUCACCCCUCCAAGCAACAUUCACAAAAAUUAUUGUACACCUAUGAUGAUGCCAUGCAUGGAUUCAGUGCAGUGCUAUCUUCAGACGAGUUGCAGUCUCUAAAGAAAGUCCAUGGUUUUGUCACAGCUUAUCCUGACAGGUCUGCCACCAUAGACACCACUCACACCUUUGAAUUUCUCUCUCUGGAUUCCCCCAAUGGCUUGUGGAAUGCUUCAAAUUUUGGGGACGGUGUCAUUGUGGGUCUUAUCGACAGUGGAAUAUGGCCUGAAAGUGAGAGCUUCAAAGAUGAUGGCAUGAGCAAGGAAAUCCCAUCCAAAUGGAAAGGAACAUGUGAAGCAGGACAAGACUUUAAUGCCUCCAUGUGUAACUUCAAGUUGAUUGGAGCUAGAUACUUCAACAAGGGUGUGAAAGCAGCAAAUCCCGAAGUCCCAAUUAGCAUGAACUCCGCAAGAGACACUUUGGGACAUGGGAGCCACACAUCAUCCACUGUUGCUGGAAACUAUGUUGAAGGUGCCUCUUUCUUUGGCUACGCCAAAGGGGUAGCUAGAGGCAUUGCACCACGAGCUAGGCUUGCCAUGUAUAAGGUCCUUUGGGAUGAAGGGCGUCAAGCCUCUGAUGUUCUUGCUGGAAUGGACCAAGCCAUUGCUGAUGGGGUUGAUGUCAUUUCCAUCUCUUUAGGUUUUGAUAGUGUUCCACUUUAUGAGGACCCUGUAGCAAUAGCAUCUUUUGCAGCAAUGGAAAAAGGGGUGUUGGUUUCAUCUUCAGCAGGCAAUGAAGGUCCCAAACUUGGCACCUUGCACAACGGAAUUCCCUGGCUCCUAACUGUGGCAGCAGGUACAAUAGAUCGUACAUUUGGUAGCUUGAUACUAGGAAAUGGUAAAACCAUCGUGGGGUGGACCUUGUUUGCGGCAAAUUCAAUAGUGGAAAAUUUUCCACUUGUUUACAACAAGACUCUAUCAGCAUGCAACUCGGUCAAAUUGUUAUCCGGAGCAGCCACAAGAGGGAUCAUUAUAUGUGAUGCCUUGGACUCAGUUUCUGUCUUUGACCAAAUAAAUUUUAUUACCCAAGCUAGUGUGGUAGGAGCUGUGUUUAUCUCUGAGGAUCCAGAACUAAUUGAAACAGGACGUUUGUUCUCUCCAAGCAUUGUAAUCACCCCAAGGGAUGCACCAUUUGUAAUCAAGUAUGCAAAAAGUGUUCAAGCAUCCAGUGCCAGCAUCAAAUUUCAACAAACAUUUGUGGGAAUAAAGCCAGCACCAGCUGCUGCAUAUUACACUUCAAGAGGUCCUUCACCAAGCUACUCGGGAAUCUUGAAGCCUGAUGUAAUGGCACCUGGCUCCAAUGUUCUUGCUGCCUUUGUUCCAAAUAAGCCUUCAGCUAGAAUUGGCACAAAUGUGUUUUUAUCUAGUGACUACAAUAUCUUGUCUGGAACAUCCAUGGCAUGUCCUCAUGCAUCUGGUGUUGCUGCUCUUUUGAAAGCUGCACAUCCUGAUUGGAGUGCAGCUGCUAUAAGAUCUGCACUAGUAACCACUGCCAAUCCCCUUGAUAAUACCCAAAGUCCAAUCAGAGACAAUGGAAACCCCUUGCGAUAUGCUUCCCCUCUUGCCAUGGGAGCUGGUGAGAUUGAUCCUAACAGAGCCCUUGAUCCUGGUUUCAUAUAUGAUGCCACCCCUCAAGACUAUGUUAACCUUCUUUGCACUUUAGGCUACACACACAACCAAAUAUUGACUAUCACAAGAUCAAACUCCUAUAAAUGUGCUGCUAACCCUUCAUCUGAUCUUAACUACCCCUCGUUUAUAGUUUUGUAUAGUAACAAAACAAGAUCAAUAGUCCAAGAGUUUAGGAGGACUGUGACCAAUGUUGGAGAUGGUGCUGCUACAUAUAGAGUCAAGGUGACACAACCCAAGGGCUCUAUAGUUACUGUGUCACCUAAGACACUAGCAUUUGGUUAUAAGCACGAGAAGCAGAGCUACUCUAUUAUUAUAAAGUACAAGAGGAACGAGAAGGAAACGAUCUCAUUUGGAGACAUCAUUUGGGUUGAAGAUGGUGGUGCACGCACUGUUAGGAGUCCCAUUGUAGUGGCUCCCAAUGAAAUUGCAUGA